AUGACCCAAAGUGGCCCCCUCCUCUGCUCUUGCAGCCACAGGCACCAUCUCCAAAAUGACAUCACACCUCCAGCUUCAUCUGGCAAAUGUCAUCGCGGUUGCCAGAACAAUGGCGAUUCACAUGCUCCCUGCCUAAGAAAGUGGAGGAGUCUGGACGUGGUUCUCUCCAUUCAUAAAUACCAUCCAUCCUCCUCAACAGCACUAUGUUUCCUCUGCCACAUCAACAAUUCACAUCAUCCAUCAAACGCAACCUACAAGCAUUACACAUUACUUAAUCAAUCAGACUCAUCAGAGCAAUCAAACCACACAAUAUCCACCAUGGCUGCCAACAACGACAACACUUCCACCCUCAAGUCGUACGUCGACUCUGCCACUGGCGCUGCCCAGAAUCUCCUCGGCUCUCUUACCGGCAGCACUGCCGAUCAGAACAAGGGAGAGGCCAAGCAGGACAAGGCACAGCUCGAACACGAUGCUUCACACGCUACUGCUAAGAUUCCCGGCUUCACUGCCACCGCUGGUGGUGUGACCAAGGACGACCCCGAUCGUGCUGGCGGCUCCUGGAACCAGACCGUCGGCUCUGCUAAGGAGACUGUUGGUGGUCUUGUCGGCUCCGAGAACUUGAAGCAGCAAGGUCGUGAGCAGAACCUCCAGGGCCAGGAGCAGGAGGCCAAGGGCCAGCUCAACGAUUAUACCUUUGGCAUUGGCAACCGUGUCCAGGGCACCAUUGGUGGUGCUGUCGCUGGCCUUACCGGCGACAAGGCUGGCCAGGCACACUACGAGGGUCUCCACGACACAGGCAAGACUCAGCAGCGUGGUGCCGAGCAUGACAUACAGAAGCAGGCCGAGGCCAAACAGCACUAA